AUGCUCAGAUGGAAUCAAUUCGCCGCGUCUCAAGCUGCGGCAAAACGGCCAGACUUCCUCGAUGAACCCGCCGAAUCGGAACAAAUAAAGGGACAAAAUUCCUCAAAAGCAAAGAAAUCCAACGCUCAAAAUCACUUGGAUAGAAUCCUGUCAGGAUUGAAAUCAGAUUCAAAGGAAGGAAUGAACUUGGCGAGCGAGGUUCAACGAGGUUUCCAGACGGCGAAAGAUAACACGGGCGAUUUCGAUUGGAAAAAGAUGCAAGCCCCUAUCGAUGGUAUUUCUGGAAGCGGGUCUGGAAAAGAGAUGACCGCAGAAGACCACAGGGCGCUGCUUAAAGACAGCAUUGAGAAGAUACCAAGCACCCCCCGUAACAAGCGGACGGUGCGUUCGCGACCAGAGGUGGGAAGGAUCGUCGAGGUGAACCUGAGCAAGGGAAUCGAUUUUGGGAGAGCAUUGGCACGACUGGGGACGACAUUGUCGAGCAACAGCGGGACAGAAACGGAAGAGGCUGAAGAAGGAGAGGUGGAGGAAGCUCUUCCUACGCGGUUUCAGGGCUACGGUUGCGAGGGUCAGGGAGAUGAAACGAAAGGGCUGGUGAAUGUUAUGUAG